AGGUGUACAACAGUCAUCCACGGCAGACCGCGCCCGCUUUCAUACAUGUUCAUACAUACAGCCAUGUCUUUGAGGAUCCGAUGGCUUCAGCUGGUCCUGCUUUUCUGUGCCACGCAGAUGAGUCUCACGAUAGACGGUAAAGUUACCUCGACUUUGGGGCAGGACAGAGGCUUCACUGGAACAGAGACAAACGAAGGCGUAUGGGUCGGCUCUCAAGUCAAAGCAAUCCUGACAAACCGUCUCACAACUGUCUUCCUCCCUGCCGUCUACAUCGUUGUGUUUGUUGUUGGGUUGCCCACCAAUGCCUUGGCUCUGUGGGUUUUCCUCUUCAGGACCAAGAAAAGACAUCCGUCGUCCAUCUUCAUGGCCAACCUGGCUCUGGCUGACCUGCUGUUUGUCAUCUGGGUCCCCUUGAAAAUAUCAUACCACCUUAACGGCAACAACUGGAUCUAUGGAGAUGGGCUGUGCAAAGUGCUAGUGGCGUUCUUCUAUGGCAACAUGUACUGCUCCAUAGCUUUCAUCGCCUGCAUUAGCGUCCAGCGUUACUGGGCUGUGGUCUUUCCUAUGUCCCAGAAGCAAAGGAGCACCCUUUUAGCAGUUUCCAUCUCUGUAACAAUCUGGGUGUUGGUGUGGCUCUCCACCAUCCCUCUCUACCUGUAUGAUCAAGACGUAAACAUAUCAAACAUGGAAAUCCGGACUUGCCACGAUGUCACCAGGCCAAGCCAAAAGAGAAUAGCUGCUGGAUACUUUUUGGCAAUGGGAACGCUGGGAUUUGUUGGCCCCUCAGUUGUGUGCAUCAUAUCCUACGUCCUCAUGCUCAAGGCUCUGCGAAAUAACAUGGGGGACCCUACCAUUGCCAAGAAGCGCCGGAAAGCUGUGGUCUUGAUCAUCACUGUCCUGGUCAUGUUUUUGGUCUGCUUCACCCCCAGUAACAUCAUGCUGCUGGUGCACUACAUCCUCCUGCUGGGAGAGGCUGUGGACAACCUGUACGGGUUUUACAUCACCACCCUAUGCUUAGCAAGCCUCAAUAGCUGCCUGGACCCUUUUGUUUACUACUUCAUCUCUGAGGACUUCAGGGAGCAUGUGAAGAACACAUUUCUCUGCAGGAGUCAAAGGACAGUUGAGAGGAACAAGGUCUCCUUCAGUGCUCUGAAGUUCUCCAAGAAGAGCAACACAUACACCUCCAGUACACCGCACACGCAGAGCACCGAGUGCUGAGGGAUCGUUCUUGCACUCAGGUUUAAGAUGAAAAUGGAUCUUGAGGUUGAGCAGUUGUAAUCAGGUCUAGACACUUGAUCUGUUAAAAUGAUCUCAUCAACCUUUUCUGCUUAGUCAAACCACGGGUGUUUUUGGAAAUUAAUUUAUAAAUUUUUGUUUUUAUAUUUUAUCUAUUUUGCUGUAUGCCUCUUCCUCAUAUUAACCUUUAUAGGAUAACUUACCUUGGUCAGGUUACGGAAGCUAAUGUGUAUGUAGCCGUUUUUUCUGUUCCACAGGACUUUGAAGAAGCCUGCUGAUGGGAAAGUUUUACCUAUUAAAUAAUACAAACUAACUUUAUAAUCGAGGUUUGUUUUAUAUAUAUCUUUUUGUACAACCAUGUGUUUUAACCUUUUACAGUAUUAUUCUUGCCUAAAAAAGGUUUAGCACCACUUUGAUGUUCCAGCAAGUCUUCAUGUUGGUCAUUUUACAGAAUUCAGUCAAAAGAAAAUUACAAAUAAAAUAGUUCAUGCUACACCUCUGCUAAACCUUCCAAGCUAUUUUGCUAUCAUACUUAGUAAUGUUGUGUUUAAAACUAACAAGGAGCAAAUAAGGAGUCAUUGGCCCAACUAGGUUUUAAUAUUGGAUAUUAAAUUCUGUUACUCCUGCUUCCGGUAUGGAAAAAUCUACUUAAUUUAGAUUGUAAAUCUUGGACCGACUCGACUGAUGUGGAUUAUAUCAAAGCCUGGUAAUGGCUGGAAGGACAUGGCCACAUGCUGUCUAUGUAGAUGCUGCACCAAUCAAUCGGCCAGUGAUCCAAAUCAGCCAGUUUUCCCUUAAUUGACUCUGACUGAGGUCAAAUACUGAGAAAUAUUUGCUUUUCGCCUAUUCAACUAAUGUUUCUAAAAGCUGAAAGCUUCCCCUUUCUUUCUGGUCUGUAUAUGUAUCGACAAACAGUUUAGUACAACUCACGGAAAUUAUGCUUACAUGGAUAAAUUGGAAAUUAAAUUACAUUUAAAUCACAUUUAAAUGAAAUUUAAUUUCCCUUUGGGAUUAAUAAAGUUUUUUCUUUUUUUUAUUGAAUAAAUGGGAAAAAUAUA